UCUCGCUGCAGACUCGCUCGCGGACUGUUAUUUGCAGCUUUUGCUGUUAUAAUUGAGGCACUCUUUAAAUUCCCUCUAGGCCUCAAGGGCAAAUAGUUAUAAUUACACCCUCUAUUGUCAAUAUUUAAUAUUACUUCAAUACAAGUGCCAUUUUGGAGUUCUAACAUGGGGAAGCUUUCGACAUGGAUGCUUCUGGUAGUCUUUUCUCUGCUGGUAGUGAAAGGCAUCAGUGAGGAUUUGGCAGAUGAACUUAACACAGCUACCACAGCACCUAAAGUGGAACCAGUAGGAGGUGCAGGAACAUCAAGUGGGGUGAAACCCACAAUUAAGCCUCCUGUGCAGCCCACAGUCAAGAACACAGUAAAGCCCAAGCCCAAACAGACAGAAGAGACAUUCACCGAUUUCAUUGAGCCCACCGUUGGCCCGGUUUUGUUGCCCCGAACAACCGCUAAACCUCUCCGAGCCUCUGUUCCCCCUUGGAAAGUCCAGUCUGAUCCAGAGGGCUUUAAUAUUGAAGAUGCCCUUGAUCCCAACAAUGACAUCAGAGGAAAGGACAAAGACCCUGGCAAAAGCGGUGGUGAAUUUACAGACGAUGAUCUUUUGAAUGUGGGCAAUGAUAACACCUACAAACCAGACAAAGGCAAAGGUGGACAAGCAACUGGAGGUAGUGAACUGGAUAAUUCUGAUGACAAAAAUUAUGACACCAUGGCUGAGACUGGUACCAUUGCUGGCAUUGUGAGUGCUGUUGCUAUGGCUCUUGUCGGUGCAGUGACCAGCUACAUCUCCUACCAGAAGAAGAAGUUUUGCUUCAGCAUACAGCAGAGUCUGAAUACAGAUAUGGUGAAGGCAGAUGGUCCAGAUGCUGUAGUAGUACAGGAGCCACAAGUUCAACAAACUCUUCUCCAGCCCCCCAACACUGAGCCACCAACAGAGGAAAAUGCCGUGUAACCUCAUCAUCAUCCAGGCUGAAGAGGACGCAGUGCUAAAUUUUCAUUCUCCCAGUCGAAUGCCACUAUAUUUCCCCACACAUAUGCACCACACCACCUUUUUUGAAGUACCAAUGUGACUGUUUAAAUCAAGCUUAAAUUUUGUGUAAUAUCUUUUUUAUUGAUCUAAUCAUGUGCAACAAUGCUAUAGACCUGUUUGCAACAAGAUUGUUAUGAAAUGAAGUUUACCAUGGUCUUCUGGGAUUUGAGAAAUCAUUUUUAUAGAAUAAGAAUGGGACUUACUAAAAGUAAAAUCAGCUUGUCAUUCUUUUUAUGCACAGAUGCAUAUUUAUUACUGAACAGUCAGAUUAUUGGUUAAUCCAAGAUUAUUGGUUAAUCCAAGGUUUACAAAAACAACUGAUUGGAUAAUCAGAGAGAUAUGCUUAGAUAGGUCAAGACUGUUCCCACAAGUUGUUACCAAGAAAGGCUUCAAAAAUUAGUUGUUUGUGGAAGUACACGUAGAAGGCUUUGUAUUUUCAAUUGAAACUAGAUUUUGAAGGAUUUGUCCUACAUUUUAUGUUCGCACUUUUGACAGUUUGGAAGUUUUUUUUUUAUGCUACAUGAGCUGUAUGUAUUUGCCUUGCUUUCACAGAGCAAUGUGAAAAGAUUGUUACAGACUUAUGCAGGUUUUUGUGUUUUAGCAAACUUUUUACUGGAGUGACUUUUUGAAGAAGAAAAAAAAGAAGAAAAAAAUUGUCCAAAACUAACCAACAGCUGCUUACCUUUUAAUUUGCUAUAAAAAAAGGAAAAAAAAAUAAUAAUAUUAAAAUAGGGUAUAACUGUGAAAAUGUGGUUGUGUUGAUGAAGAACUUUUGUGUGUAUUAGUUGAAUGUCAGUGAUUGCAAUUCCUUUUUUUGAGGAAUAGGUGAAUUCAGUGUGAUAAGAAUGACUAGAUACAUUAGCGUGAAGUAACUCACAGGAGGAAAUAACUGAAGUUGUGUUUUCAUGUUAUUACAAUACUUAAGCAUUGUAGUAACUCUCGUAUCUCGGAUUGAUUGCCUUUUUGGGAUUUUAAGGGAUUAAUGUGCUUGUAUAUUGCAGACCGCUCUGAAGUUUGUACUCAAACCAUUGUAUCAGUGUAUCCGUAUUUACACUUGUAGCAGUAAAUGUACAUAAAUGUUUGUGCCGCCCUCUCUUUUUGUUUAAGGGGAGUAGUUUUUGUCCUAGCCUUGUGUUUGUAUUGUUUGUAGCAUGUUUGCGCUUUAGCUUUCAGAAACUUUUCAGAAUUCUUGUAGACCUGUUGCACCCUUAGUUUUGCUAUUGCCUUAAUAGAGCCACUGGCUGCAUUCCCAUCUGUCUGUUAUGGAUGAUUCGUCCAAACCACUUGCCUUGAUGCAGUGGUAUGGCCGUUAAACUAAACCAGGCCCUUUAUUUCCUCUGAUUUGGAAGGUUACCAUCUAGAAUCGUGAAAAGAAAAAGCAAGUGGAGUUCAGCAGCUCAGUCCUUGCCAUUUUCUCCCCCACUUGAGAUGCUCCAGAUUUUCCUGUAGCUGUUGUUUUUCACUGUGAAUUCAGUUGCACCUUUGUUAUUACCCCCAGCCCUUGCCAAUGGUGCUUUCCUUCCUGAUGCCUUACCACCCUAAUAUUAGGGAAGUCACACUAGCCUACUAACCUACAAAAGGAAACACAGCACUGACACUCGCAACCAUUUGAAGGGCUGCCUCAUUUGAAUGUGUACAAACUAGACAUAACAGUCUGUUUCACUCUAAUGCAGGACAACAGUUUGAACAGAUCCAAAAUAUUGUUCCCUCAUAUGCUCAAAAUUAACUAUAGUUUCAGAAGUAAAUGGUAGUAAUGUCAGAAAAACUGUUCUUAAUAAUGUUGGCCACCUCUACAUGUUGAUGACAGUGUCCAACCAAGGCUUUUGUACCUCAUCUAUGGUGAAAAACUAGUAGAAUGUUCGCUGAAUGUAACUUUUUUUACAUGAUUUCGUUUGACGGGCUACUAGAACAAUGUAUCUUUAUUGGUGCUACACUUGUCAGAAAUGAAGAACACCAAAGAUGAAACAAGUAGGUGAUAGUUAUGCCUUUUUGCAUGUGCUUUAACUUUGGUAUUGGUUUAGUGAUUCAGUGGGAAAAGCAAUGAAUGUGUUAAUCAAUCUUCAAAAAUACAAAGGUCUCAGUUAAGACAAAUGUGGAAAUUCACAAGUGUCUUACAUUUAUAAGGAAUUAGAUUUAUAAGAACUGCCUCCAAAUAUGUUGCUUGGAUGCAUGAUCUGACUGUUAAAACCUCCCCGAUUCUUUCAGUUGACCAUCUACAUUUCUGAUUGGGUACUAGUAGUUCAUAUGGUGGAGUUUUGUUAGGAUCUUUGGGCUCUCUGGAAUUGUUUGGCCAGUAGUUGCAAUUUUUUGUCAAAACAGGGGUGUAGACGCAGAGCUGUACAUACAUACAUGCAUGUUUUGGAUUCUAGCUGUAGAUAUUGAAGGUUUUUCGUGCGUACUGGGUUUAUUUAAGAACUUGUGAAAUAUGUUAUUGGGCCAUGAAGUUUUCUGAAGUGAUUUGGAUUUGCACUGCCAGUUUAUUUCAUGCAUCAUUUUACUGCCACAUAUCUGAUUGUAAUGCUGUUACUGUUGUAGUUACAAUCUUAGGUUUGUCUUUUAUUGCAUACAUUGAAAUUUGUCUUUGAUCGGAACCUCGAAGAGAUAUUGACCCUCAGCAUAAAAACCUAAUGUUUUCAUUAGUGCCUGCUCACUCAAAUACAGAAUGUAAAAAACACACUAUCACAUGUAUCAACUGGUUAUCCUCUUCUGUGUGUUCUUGUGUAGUAUUAUGUAGUACUUUUUCUGCAGCCAGUUUUAUUCAAUGCAUUCUCAAAUUUCACUGUGUAUCUCUCUGGCUUUACUGGAUUUUAACAUAUCACCAUAAAGAAACCCAAUA